UUUAGUACAAUAAAACAAUUUUUUUUUAAGAAAUUCAUUUGCAAAAAUCCUUGCUAACGCAAAUCCAUUAAACUAUAUUCAGAGAGGUGUUACGCUCUUUCACUUUUACAAUUUAUACUUGCAUGGUACUAAAGUUGAGUAAUGCACUAUUUGUCGAAAUUCUUGCUCAAAAUUACACGAAUUCUGAAAAAGACUAGUAAUAUAUUUAUUAUAUUUAUUACUGUUCUACUUGUUAAAAGUUACUACUUUGUGCAGUCCUCACUAUCAAAUAUUUUGUUUUUACUUUGGGCGAGAGAAGUUCGACAAAGGUUUUAAUCCAAUGUAGUACCUAUUCAAAGUUUUCAAGGGAUACAUUUAUCACGUUGAGUCCAGUACAAAACCAAUUUUUUAUGAUAAAUCGAUUAUCGAUUUCACUUGAUAUAAAACUAAGUAUAGUAAAUUAUUUUAUACAGAUUUUAUAUAUAAAUCUUAAAAUCGCUUAUUUUUACCAGAAAUUUUCUAAUAAAAUUUGUAUCUCAACAUCUGCAUCUUUUAUCCCAUUAUCAGAAGCCUUUCUAUACCAAUUAAUUGCCUUUUCAAUAUUAAUUCUAGUUCCUACACC